AUGCCAUCAACUAACCGAGCGGGCAGCCUGAAGGACCCUGAAAUUGCAGAACUCUUCUUCAAAGAAGAUCCAGAGAAGCUUUUCACAGAUCUCAGAGAAAUUGGCCAUGGAAGCUUUGGAGCAGUAUACUUUGCACGAGAUGUGCACACCAAUGACGUGGUGGCUAUCAAGAGAAUACCUUAUAGUGGAAAGAAGGCUAUGGAGAAAUGGCAGGAUAUUAUUAAGGAAGUCAGGUUUCUACAAAGAAUAAAACAUCCCAACAGUAUAGAAUACAAAGGCUGCUAUUUACGUGAGCACACAGCAUGGCUUGUAAUGGAAUAUUGUUUAGGAUCUGCUUCAGAUUUGCUGGAAGUUCACAAAAAGCCAUUACAAGAAAUGGAAAUAGCAGCAAUUACACAUGGUGCUCUCCAGGGAUUAGCCUACUUACAUUCUCAUACCAUGAUCCAUAGAGACAUCAAAGCAGGAAAUAUCCUUCUGACACCACGAGGCCAGGUGAAACUUGCUGACUUUGGAUUUGCUUCCAUGGCCUCUUCUGCCAAGUCUUUUGUGGGAACGCCGCAUUGGAUGGCCCCAGAAGUAAUUUUAGCCAAGGAUGAAGGGCAGUAUGAUGGCAAAGUAGAUGUAUGGUCUCUUGGAAUAACAUGUAUUGAACUAGGCAGCUGCAUGCUGGCGGCUGCCUCUGGGUCUGGCCCAGUUGGCUGCGCUGCUGGAGGAGAUUCUGGGCAGUUGUUCUGAGUGCAGCCACUCUCCAGCUGCUCUGCCGCCACAGGCAUAUGUGGCCACUCUCCUUUUGCUCCACUGCUGUGUUGGGGCCACACUGGUCGGCGAAUGACUGGAAGCUGCGUAUCACCAUGAAGGGCUUCAGGGGUGUGUUCCCACCAGGGGACUGGGAUGACUGAAGUUCCUCAGGAAUCCCAGCCUGCUGGGCUGAUUGUGCCGGGAUGCUUCCAUCCAGCUGUGAGGCCCCUGUCCCUUUAGGACUUUCAAAAAGCACUCACUUUUCUUUUGUCCAGGGGAGCUGGCUGUGGGGACCUGCUUACAGAUUUUAAUCUUGUGUUUCUCUAAUAUCCAGCACACCAUUCAAUGAGUGUCUGUGUUCCUGGUGCUGAUUACUAGAGCUGGUUAUUUAGCAGUUCUGGGCUUCCACUCCCUCCCUGCUACUACUCUUUUGCUCCCACCAGGGAGCUGGGGUGGGGGAGAGCGCCCGGGUCCUGCUGGGCCGUGGCUUGUAUCUUACCCCCUUUGGAAGUGCUGAGUUCUCGCAAAUGUAGAUGCAGCAUUGUUGUUGUACUUUAUCCACUGGUCACUCUUUUAGGAAUAGUUUUAUUGUUGUAUUUUCCAAAAUAUAUAUGGUUUUGGGAGGAGAUUUCUGCUCCCCUAUUUUUGCCGCCAUCUUGGCUCCUCCUUCUCAAGGCCUGAUUUUGCUAUGCAAAUUUGCUUAGCUGUCUUGGGAAAUAUAUGUUACAUGUUUUUCUACUUUAAAAUAAUUAAGGAUAAUGAAUUAAAGCCAACUUUUCUUACAGGGUAGGUAAGAGAGCAAAAGUGAAAUCAAUUUUAGUGUCUUUGGUUUUGGUAAAUACAGUUCUAAAUAAAUAUGACUUAAGUAUUAAUGAAUUAUUUACUCAUGUUUAUUUAUGAAUUUAGAGGUUGAAAUAACUUGAAUUUUCUCUUAGAAGACUUUGUAUGUUUGUUCACAAUUUCAUGAAAAAGACCCCAAUUUUGUUGCUUUUCAGGCAGUGUGUAUGAUAGCACAGUUGUUUUUAUAAAAAUAAAAUGUUCCAUUUUUUCUGAUUAUAAAAGUACAUGUUGAGAGUAUAAAAUUUGAGAAAUGUCAAUGGUAUAAAUGUAACUGCAGUUCCUUGUGAAAGGAUACACAAAAUAAAUGGAUGUAAAUUAUGAUAUCAUAAAUGUAAAACAUGAUGGGAAAUAAAAAUGUAGAACUUUU